AGACUCUAGUUAUAUAUUAAUCUUAAAAAAGUUUUUUGUUGCUUUUUUUAAAUAUGUAACUGCAGCUGGUUUGUCUCAGAGUUGUUUACUUUCUACAUUCAUGACUCAGCAAAUACCACCACUUGACCUAGUUAGCGCUAAACAAUUGAGUAGAAAACGUUGGGAAUAGUUUUGUGCAUCACAGGUUUAAAACUCUCAGUGGGAAAAGCCUAGAGCUCACAGUAACAGCAGUAAGUUAUUUAUAAAAGUAACUUGUGACAGCAGGUGUGAAAGUCAAAAAGUCAACCGUUUAUUUACUGAUUCUCUGACUGACAGAUUCACUCAUUCGGUAACUGAGCUGCAUCCCUUCAAAACUCUCCUGCUUUUUCCAUCCCGCUCCUUCUAUUCAUCAGUUCACUGCAUGAAGACUCCUUGAUAUUGCAUUACCUCUUUAUUCCUCUCUUCUCUCCAGUCCCUGCCUCAGCCCCAGUGAGGAAUAUUGUAACUAAGUGAGUGAGGAAUUUGGCCUAAUGUUUUUUGCAGUCGCACACACACACUGCUACAAAGAGUCAAAGCAGUGUUGGAUCUUUUUACAGACUGACACCGCCUGCAGAGACAGGGGUUACAGAGAUGAUACACUCAGGGUUAUCAGAUAACAAAUCAGCAGAGACCGAAUUAGAAGUAAAUAAAGAGAAUACAAACACAAAUUUGACAAUGUUUAUGUGUGCCCUCUGCACUGUCAAACUGUGGGGCUAAAUAGUCGCAUGUGUUUAAUUUUACAGUCCAUUUUUCAGGCAGUUCCAGCUCUUCAGCAAUGACCUUUCUCCACCACCAUCUGGCGCUACCUGCCCCCCACCCACAUCACUGUACUUAAGAUAAACAGCUAAAAAGGUAGUUUUUUUAUUUUAAUUCACCAGAUGCUUCGAUUUGUUUUGAAAUUAAAAGAAAUCUUUGAACCAAAUCUAAGACAAUUUAACUAUAAUUCAAAUAUACUUCAUAUACAUAGGGGCACAUGUGGUUACAACGCAUGCAUUUAUCCAUAAAAACAUACAGAGACCCUCUAAGGAGGAGGUCUGUGUGUGCUGUACUGCUGGUUACUGUGCUUACAGGAAACAACAGCUGACAAGCAUCAGACUAUUUUUGUUCUCCCCUUAUUUGAGUCUAAGGAGGUGUGUGUCAUUAUAGGGUGCCAGAGAAUCUUAAGGAGAAGACAAUCCCUUUUUCAGUUGUCCUGACCCACAUUCCAGGAACAACAGUCUGGAACUAUACAGGACGAACCUACUGAUACACAAACCAGCAUCAGUACUGAGUCCAGUAUUUACUCAGUCUGGUUUCUGCUGUCCAACUGUUUACUCAACUGUGUGCAGAAAAAGGAGAUAGUGGGAGUGGUUGAUGCCACGAUUCUGUCCAAAAACACAAGCUCUGUUGGUCUGUAGUCUGAACCCUGAAUAAAAGAAAUUAGAAAAAUCCUUAAAAAAGACGUUCAAUAACUCAGCAUGAAAGUUUUUUUAUACAUAAAAAACUAAAUUUAAAUCCCUGAGAACUGUGUACCUAAGAUAUUCUUUUCAUUUCCACAUACAAAGUUAACACAUACCAGGUUUUUACUGAUUGUGACAUCAUCAAAGUUGUAGAAUACAUGCUUCUAUUACCUACGUGACUUUCAUUCAAAUGAUGCAACGUUUAGCAAUGAUCAAUAUUUCACCAUAGCAUAUAGGUGACAUUUUGUGGCCCGUGUUUUCAAUUGAAAUGUGGUAUUUUUCUAAAAGCUCUAUGUAUAAUGUCUAAUUUCAUCUUUUUUUAUUUUUAUCCUUGGUUUUAUUGAUAUAUUUCUAGUGUGAAGACAGCAUUGCUUUGAAUAUUUGUUUGUCAAUUUUGUUCCAUUACAGAAAGAUUUGUUUCCUUCCGUUAAUAAGAUAAAUUAAACUGACUGUUGGCAUUUUCUGCAUGGUGUCAUCACUCUGGUUUAACCACACACUGCACUUCACCCAAAAAAUAAAAAAUAAAACAUUUUGGGAAAUUUCUGUACUCCCCGAUCAACACACACUCCCACGGUGUAUUCCAAUGCCACAAUUGACUGAAAUGCAUCAUGAAUGUUAACCGACAAAUGAUUCUAUGACCUACAGCUGCAGCCUGGAGCUAACUGACUUUACUUGUUACGUCUGUGCUGCCAAAAAGCCCCUCCUCGGACAGACCUCGGAGCCUGUAGCGUCACUUGAAGUUCACGUCAGUGCAGUCCUCCUUACCAAAGUCACACACGCGCGCGCACACAUCCACUGAAAUAUCAACCACACACACCCGUGCACGUGCACGCGCUCGCGCCGACACAGUCCUCGCCUGCUGCGCUCUGCGCCGCUCUCCAUUCCAGGACGCUCAGAAGGAGACCCGUGGGAUGUUACCAAGAACUUUUUUUUCCCCAGUUUAAAUCUUCUUGUGUUAACUUUUCUAUCGCUCUUACAUCUCCUGACAACUCUUUUCCCGUGGAUUCCCCGCUCAGUGCAACGCUGUCGGAUCUAAUGAGAGAAGAAACGCUUUAAUUGCAUAUCAAAUUUCCGAAACGCGCCGUUGGAUUAAAAUCUGAAUUUGAAGGAGGCAAAAAUGAACACUUGUGUGAAAUAAGAUUAUUAUCUGGACAAAAGGAUUUUAAGAGAUCAUCUCAGUGUACGUCCUCCUCUGGUGGACUGAAGAUGUAUGGGUCUGUACGUGUGACUGUGCCACAGGUGGCGCUGCUGCUGCUGCUGCUGCUGACAACUGUUGUUCCUGGCAGCCAUUCCUGCCCCAGAAGUUGUAACUGCUACCAGGCCAGCGAAGUGCACUGCACUUUUCGCUCUCUCCUCACUGUACCACCUGGUCUGCCUUCACACACACGCCGCAUUAACUUAGGGUUCAACAGCAUCAACACGAUUCAUGGCACUUCCCUGGCUGGGCUAACGGAAGCGGAACUGCUCAUGCUCCACAGCAACUCUCUUCAGCAUCUCCCAGAUGCAGUUUUCAAAGAUAUGAAAUCACUGCAGAUACUGAAGCUGAGUUAUAACAAGCUGAGAGAAAUCUCUUCAUCUCUGACCUUCUCCGGCCUGACCUCACUGCUGCGACUGUACUUGGAUCACAACCUUCUCGAGUAUAUCCAUCCCCGAGCUCUACUCCAGCUGCCUGGCCUCAGGCUGCUACGUCUGCAAGGAAACAGACUCCAUCAGUUGCACCCGCACACACUGUGCACACUGUCUCUGCUGAAUACUUAUUACUUUUCUACUCUUAGGCACUUAGACGUGUCCAACAACAGUCUGACCACACUGGCCAAAGACACUCUGACAACAGCACCACUGCUGGAGACUGUCAUGUUGCAGGCAAAUCCAUGGAGCUGUGACUGCAGGAUGAACUGGCUUUCUGCUUGGAGUCUGGCUCACCCAGGUUUAAUGAAAUGUCCUGGGGGUCCUCAGUGCCCAACGUGUGCAUCACCAAAUUCUCUUCAAGGGCAGGGCCUGCUCGAUCAGAUUGACCUGAAAUGCACAUCAUCUUUCAUUUCUGUGCCGGGAAGACACCCUCCACUGGAAACAGAGCCUAGUGAAAUCCAAACACGAGACACUCUCAGAGAACCUUUAGGCAGUGCCUUCCUGGGUCUGUCUGACCAACAAGGCAACAGUGUUGAUCUGAGUUGUAACAUCACCUUGUUUUCUGACUCUCAGGAUAUUUCUAAUUCUCCAGAUCUUUCUCUUACCUCCUCUUCUCCUAUCCCUCUGGCCCUGUCACUCUCCCUGGAAUGCCCUACUGACAGAGAGAGCUAUGAAAUACUUUGGAGGAUCCUUGCGUACUACAGUGAGACUGCAGUUCGCCUUGAGAGAGAAAUCAUGCUGGGUAAGGAGCCAGAGUUGGCAUUUCGCUACAGACAGGUAGCAGAGGCAGACGGUUAUUACCACACUGGAGUCAAAGCAGCUGUUAAAGUCAAACCGCAGUGGUUACUACAGCCAGCUGUUAGCAUUCAGCUGAACAGAGCUCAGUCAAAUGGGAACAAAGUUCACCUUAUAUACUCGACAAGAGUUUCUGCUCAUCCAGAUCCUUUAUCUUAUCCAUCAACAUCCUCCCCUGCUCCUCAUCCAUGGGUUUUGAUUUCGGCUAAUCGUACCACUGCUGCUUUCGCAGCCAUAUCAGGCAGUAAAGUGGAAAUCUCCUGUCCGCUUCUAAGUUCUGGACACCCCAAGGUACAAUGGAUUCUUCCUGAUGGAUCUAAACUCAACUCUCCUUUCCGCAUUCAGGAUGGUAGGAUCCAAGCCUCAGCUACUGGUUUGCUGCUACGAAACGUGAAGCUCUCAGAUUCUGGACUUUAUUACUGCGUAGCCUACGCCGGCAAAGACGUAGAUGUUCUACCCCUGCGUCUGGCAGUGGAGGAGUCCUCUGUUCCACCAUCAGGAGAGCAAGUGGCACCGCCUGUCACUGGAACAGUUGGAGAACCUGUCACUCUAUCAUGUAAUGCAAUGGGUUCACCAACUCCUGAUCUGACAUGGAUUAUGCCUGAUGGAAAUAUGCUACGUUCUGAAUUAGUUGUACCUAAAGGACUCACUAUACAACCUAAUGGAAGCCUCUCUUUACCUAACCCUUCUGUGAAGGAUGCUGGUCAUUACCGCUGCAUUGCAGUCAACUCCUAUGGUAGUGACGCUCUCUCCACAAUGCUUGUAUUUAAAUCAAAACCCCUUCCUACACUGAGGACUUCAUUUCCCAGAGGUCCACAGUCAGCUGCUGGCAGGUCGACCCGGAUACGAGCUCCUUUACUUAAUCAGAUAUUGGAAGGAUCUGGUGAUGAAGUGGAAGAAGACAGAUCUUAUGUUGCCAAUAGGAACCUUCCCAGAAACAAUCAACGUCCCCCACACACACGUUAUCCAAAUGGAAGUCUUCGCCGACGAGGGCCUGUGAGAGAUGGCUCAUUGAGAAGAAAAGGAAGUGAAAUAUCCUCCACAGAUCUCAGAAGAAAUCGCUUUGACACUAGGCAUAGAAUGGCUACAAACAAACAAAGAAUAGACCCCCAGAAAUGGGCUGACAUAUUGGCUAAAAUACGUCUUAAGACUGCAAACAAUGCUAAUAGCCAACCCAUUACAACAGCACAACCGACAACAGCACCUGUAGUAGACAGAGAAACAACCAGAGACGAGGGAGUGAAAAUACUGGACAGAAGUACAGCUGAGGUAACAGUAGUAGAUGAUGACAUUGAAGGGUCUUCUGUUGAUGAUUCUGUUCUACAAGAAGAAGGCCUACAGCCCAUCUACCCUGUUCUCACUGAAAAAAGAACGGACACAGUGAUAGAAAGACAAAAAGAGACAUCAACACUAACACAGACAACGACGGAGACACAGACACUGAGCCCAGGUCUGUACACAGAGGCCAACACAAAGACAGAGAGUAAUGACAUUAUUCAAAAAACUGCCGAAAGAUUCAAUCCAGGAGUUAAUCCAAAACCACAUAGGACAAGGCCUCAGUACCCAUGGCAGAGACCUUUACCAAAUCUGGCUACAGGCACUCACCCUCAAAAACCGUGGAACACUCGCAGAAGGAUUGGACAGCAAAGACGAAUCACCAACAGGACAAGGGGGCAACCUUUGACUCCACCCAAACCUCACCCUGACCCUACAAAACAGAACUCACAAACAGCAACACCUGACACUUCCACAGAUCAAAGUCAUACGUUGUCUGCACCAACAACAACUCGGCCUACGUUGUUGACAAAGAAUGAUCCUAUUAGGACUGGUUCAAGUCACAGUGUGAAUCCUCUGUCUCCUCAUAUUUCUUAUUCUCCUAGUAUCUCAGACUCGGGAUCUGUCUACCUCUCAUUACCUUCCUCUGCCGCCCCCGUUACCUCAUUAUCCCCUUCGUACAUUAACCCACAAACAGACACAGUGACUCACUCCGCUGAUAUCCUGAAAACUGCAGAGUCCACAUUCUUCAACGCAGUAACACCAGCGACGACUCACUCGAAUGUUGUGAUCUCACAGAUGCAUGUGCCAGACACACAUGGGACACAGACUCACACAAACCCACACACAGUCCUGGGAAAACACAUUGAUGAGCCUUUCAGUAAAGACGGGGAGAGGAAUUUGUUGGAUGUGUCGCAUGAAUCAUAUUCCAACAGCCUCUCUUCCUCUCGCCUCUCUGUCAUUUCCUCCACUGCCUCCAGUCCAACUACUGCAGAAACCACAACUCUUCAAACUACCCUCAAGAGUUCUCUUUUAACUAGUUCUGUGAUAACAACUACAAGUGCAACAACAAGUACAACUGUUGAGGAUACACCAACCACAACAGCUUCGCCUGUCACAACCAAACAAAUCAUGUCUAGUACUGCAAGAACCAUGUACGCCCCUCUGUCUAUGACUAUGCAGAGUACUGCAGCUCUUCCUAACUUCACAACUACCUUAACGCCCAUUGUUAUUCAAACUACUACUAGUCCAAGUACUAUUAGUCCAACUACUACAACUAGUCCUACUACUACUCCUACUAGUCCUACUCCUACUUCAACUACUCCUACUACUACAACUAGUCCUACUACUUCUACUACUACUACUAGUUUUACUUCAACUAGACCUUCCACUAUGACUUCUACUACAGGUAGAAGUAUUAAAACCUUGGACAAAUUUAUUCUCACAACAAGAAAUUACAGCACUACAACUAGUACUGCUACAACAACCACCACCGAGGCCACUACCAGAGCACCUGCCAUUACGCCGUUAACUUCUACGACAACAACGUCAACAAGUACCAGACUGGUAACAUUCAGAGAGAGGCCAAGUGCCGGCCGGUUUAAUACCCAAGGCAGACCUGUCCCUGGGGCUUCAAGCCAGAGUCAGUCACCACCUGACUGGAGGAAUCCUGGAGCUAAUUCAAUCCCUGAUUCACACAGCAGCAGACCACACUGGUCGCCGUCUCUCCCUGCUGUCCCUGGGCCCUCAGUUUCACGAUCGAGACCUAGAAUUGCCGACCCACACAUCAGGGUAGUGUCAUUCCCAGCAGACAGCACUGCCAGGCUGACAUGUGAAGCUGAGGGGGAGCCAAAACCUUCCAUCACAUGGACCAAGGUUGCCACUGGAGCAGUGAUGUCAAUCCACUCCAAGGCUCAGCGUUUUGAGGUCUUGCCAAAUGGCACACUUGUUAUCCAGAAUGUUCAGCUGCAGGACAGGGGCACAUACAUAUGCAGUGCACAGAGUUUUCUGGGCCGUGACAGGUUGUUAACUACUCUGGAAGUGAGGACCCGCCCUCCACGCAUGCAGCUGGCAAGUUACAGAGAAGCCACUAUUCAUCAGGGUGGAGAGGUGCUAUUGGAAUGCCAGGCAGACGGUGUUCCCGCCCCUCUGCUGUCAUGGGUUCUGCCUGAUCGUACUGUGCUGACGUUCUCUGCCCCCUUGGCCAAGCACAUCUCUAUGGACACUAAUGGAACGCUCCAUAUCUCAGGAACCUUGCCAAGAGACAGAGGAAUGUAUCGAUGUGUGGCUUCAAAUUCAGCAGGCGCUGCCAGCUCCUCUGUGCGGCUACAUGUGUCCUCGUUACCCCCAGUGAUACAACAGUCCAGAGUGGAACACCUGCUCCUGCCUCCAGGGAGGCCUCUUUAUGCUCACUGCUCGGCCCGAGGGGCUCCACCACCGACCCUGCGAUGGAGAAUCCCAGAUGGGACUCUCGUUCGCCCAUCCCAGUUCCUCCAUGGCAAUCUGUUUGUCCUGCCUAACGGAACACUGCAUAUUAGUAGAGUUGAACCAAAAGACUCAGGUAGUUAUGAGUGCACUGCCAGCAAUGCUGUUGGUGCUGAUAAGAGAACAGUGAGUGUUAAGAUUCAGUUGGAGGCCGGGGGAGAGAGGAGCGGAGGAGUACAAAAAGAAAUGAAAGAAACAGGUGGAAAAACAUCAGCUCCACAUUCACCAAGAGACAGGACUGUGUACAACCCUGUGGACCAGACAAAUAUAUUCAACAUCCCUAAAGUUUCUCCACCAUUGUUUGCAGACAGAUCUAGGACCCCGCAGAUCUCCCCAGACUUUUCUGAUCCUCCCUCAAACUCUCACACACCAAAUUUCACUUAUUCACCUGCUAAGAGCAAUAAAACAGUGAAUGUCUCCACCACACACUUGACAAACGUUGACAAAACAAAUACUGCUAAACUCCAGUUGAGUAAUGCACACAACCCCAAAGUCCCGCCUUCCUCCCCACACAACAAGAGCAGAGCCUCAGCUGUUCUGCAUCCACUGCCUGUCUCACCGUUCACAAAAGCCCAAAUCACGUCUACAUCAGCCCCCAUUACUUCUGUUCACUAUGGAGGAUUUUUGCAGCUCCACUGUUCUGUAACUGGUACCCCUGCACCCAUCAUCAUUUGGAGGACACCAGUGAGGAAACUAGUGGAUGUGAAUUUCAGUUUUGAUAGCCGCUUGAAAGUGCAUCCAAAUGGCACACUGUCAGUCCGAGCAGUAACAGAGAAGGAUGCUGGAGAUUACCUCUGCAUUGCACGCAACAAGGUUGCAGACGACUAUCGCCUCCUGCGUGUCUCUGUGGCAACACAACCUCCCAAAAUUGAACCAAAACAUCCACUUAAUCAAAUGGUUUCAUUUGGCAAACCACUGAAGGUGGACUGUCAGGCUUCAGGACUACCUGACCCAGCUGUGCACUGGAGUUUACCAGAUGGUACCAUGGUUAACAGUGUGUUGCAGGGAGAGGACAGAGGAGGACGUACACGCAGACUUACAGUUUUUGACAAUGGAACAUUAUUGGUUCCAGCAGUGGGUAUGAGGGAAGAAGGUGAAUAUACGUGUUAUGCAGAAAACCAAGGAGGUCAAGAUACAAUGAAGGUCAAAGUGAAGGUCAUGAUGUCAUCGCCACCAGUCUUCACAGAUGAAAAAACCUACCAAACCAUCAAAGUGCGUCAGGGGACCACUGCCAGUAUACGCUGUCAGGCCAGGGGAGAUCCCGCGCCUAGAGUGACAUGGCUUUCCCCUGGCAAUCGUGUCAUCCCGCAAAGUCUUGGCUCUGGAUUCUAUUUUGAGAGAGUGGUAGUGGUCUCUGGUGGAACGCUGGAGAUACGUCAGGCUCAGAAGAUCGAUACAGGAAACUACACCUGUCGAGCAAGUAACUCCGCUGGGGAGAGGAACAUGGUGGUCAGUCUGGAGGUGGAGCCUUUUAAUCAUCUGAUAAGUGGCCAAGUGGGAGGUAGAGCUACAAACAUUAACCAUGCGGGAAGGACACCAUAUGGAUUUACCAGUGGAACCUUGAGCAAUCUAGAUGCAAGAAACAGCAUCAGCACCGGCCACAGUAACAUCAACGUUCAACCAAAUGUUGGCAUUAAUGCAGCCUCCAGCGGCUCUAAUCCUGCCCUAAGGAGUGAUCAUCGAAAUGGAUAUAACAGACCUGUCAGUGGGAUUACAACACCAUUUGGAAGAAGUGUAUCCGGUGGGGGGGCAAGUACUGUGGCAAGGAAUGUAGAUAAUAAAGCAGACGAUAUCGGAAGUAGCAGUAGUUCUGGCAUCGCCAGUGGUAAUAGUGUGGUGACCAGCCGCAGCACAGCUACAGCAGAUGGUGUAGAAAAGAAUUCAGGAAGAAAUUUUAAUGACGUCCUUACCGGAAGGGCUGCUAAUGUUGAUAAUGGCCAGACAAGUCCUGCUUCUAGAAGCAGCAGUGCUAAUAAUGGUGGACGUGAAGCUGGCGCAUCCAGAGGAAGCUGGUACAGUCGCAGUAGCUAUGCAGGAAUUGCCAGUGAUGACAUCAGGAAAAGUGGUAUACCAGCUGUUAGUCAUAGUGGCCAGAAAAACUCUACUAGCACAGUUGUAGGUGUGGUGUCGAAAGGGAAGCAAAAAGUUGUGAGAGGGACAACUGUUCUCUUGCCCUGCCCCUCCCAUGGCUCUCCUCCACCUCGUGUGACCUGGCUCCUGCCAGGAAAUGGAGUGUUACCUUCUCCUCACUACGGUAGUCGGCAAACUGUGCACAGAAACGGCUCCUUAGAGGUGCGAGGAGUGCGGCCGACCGAUGCUGGCACACUGGUGUGUGUGGUGAGUGGUGAGAGAGGAGAAACAAGAAUCCAUGUGGAGUUGGAGGUAUCUGACUCACAAGAGGAGCCCAGAUAUGCUCACAGAGAACCAGUAGUGGAGAAACUAGUGCAGAAAACAGCUGGUCUACUUGAGACACGUCAGUCAGGAGGCUCAUUGGAUUCAACUCGUUCCUCAGAUCCAGUGUUGUCAGAUAAGCCACGUCCAAGGUUCCCAGUUACACAACACCCACCUCAAAGGGGUUUGACUUUACCUCCCGCAGCCCGACCUCUUGGCUUUCCACCACAGUCUGCUGGCGUUAGGUCAGAGGCAGCAGUGAGUACCAGAACAGGCUCCAUAGUAACCAUCAUUAGUGGAGAAACACUUCGCCUACUGUGCCCUCCUCCUCAAAACCCAAGAUACGACCAGAGCUCUCUUUUGUGGACCAUGCCAAGUGGCAAUGUACUGUCCCGGGGUGAGAGUGCUGACUCAGGUCGAUACACAGUCCAUGAGGACGGGACCCUCAUUGUGCAACAAGCCACUACAUUUGAUCGGGGAACCUAUUCUUGCAAAUCCACCAGUUCCAACUCUUCCCUCGUUUCAGUUCUCACAGUUCCUGUCAUCAUCAUUGCCUACCCACCACGUAUUACAAUAGGUCCUUCACCUGUAACCUACACACGGCCAGGGGUUGCUGUGGAGCUGCCCUGUCUGACCAUCGCAACACCUAGAGCAACUGUGAUCUGGGAGACACCAGACCUGGCGCAGCUGAGAACGAUGGGCCAGGCUCGAAUCUAUGGAAACCGCUACUUAAGUCCUCAGGGUUCUUUGGUGAUUCAGAACCCAACGAGUAGAGAUACUGGCUUUUACAGAUGCACUGCCAAAAAUGUAAUAGGAAUAGACACCAAGGCAACUUAUUUACAUGUUAUGUAAUGAAAUCUAGUAGCACACACACACACAGACAAUAGGUAAGAAAGGGAGAGAGUAGAAAUACUGACACUCUACCAGUCUUCUUUACUGGUAAAUGAACUGAAAAGUCUCCAUCAUGCCCAAUGGAACUGCAAGUCUCUGUUUAUACUGUUGAUUCUUAAAGUAGACACUACUAAUACAUAAUUCAUAUGCCAUUUAUUUAAAGGUAAAUGGCUUAAUAACACUGUUCUGUUUCAUGUCUGCAGUCACAAUCCCCUCCACAGGUUGUACUUGUAUGAAUAGACAUGACAAUGGUGCUGCAAAACCUUAAUAUCUCUUUUAUCUGGCUGUUACAUAGACUGUGUGAGCAAAAGAUGCACUGUAGGUCAGCUGUACAUCUGUUGUUGAAAACUGAAUGGAAGAACUCUGCUAUGUUUUAGAAGCAUCACUACAUGAAUGCUAGUCUGUGAUAAGAUAUCUAUUUCUUUCUUCAUAUCAAGUUAUGACUCAGUUUGGAGGAAAAUAUAUGACAAAGCAAAAUUUGCAUAAGAAUUUGUUUGUUUUUUUAAAUGCUGCAAAUCUAUAAAUCUAUAAAUACAAGGACCAUUCAGAUAAAUUGGAUUAAUUCAAUUGGAACUGGUAGAUACAGUAAAUAUCCCUCCAGUCUUCUCUGCAGAGGGCGCUGUGAGUGCAGAUAGAUUGUUAAAUAUGUUUUACGGCAGACAUUUGUUCAAUGAAUAUAUUACUUCAACAAUAAGUAGCUACAGGGUUUCCUUUUGUGUAUUUACAGCAGCUAGGAAACUUAAAUCAGCCCAAGCCCCCCCCACCUCCCCAUAAGAGAUAAAGCUGUUAGAAGCAGAGGGCGUCAUCACUGCAGAUGACGACACCAACAUAAUUCCUAAGGAAUUUUAAAUAGCUGAGGAUAAUGAAGCAUCAUCAUAUAUUAAGAUUUAAAAAUAUAUAUCUUAAUUACAACCGCUAAUACAGGUAUUUUUAUGAACACUUUAGAAAAAACUAUUUUAAUUCUUAUGGACUUUUAAAAUGAGUCUGACUGAUCUUUAAUGUCUGGUAAUUCAAACUCUCCAGUAUACAUAUAUAAACCUGUGAGAAUAUUGUAACCAUGGGCCACAUCAGAGUUAGCUUCAGGACAUCAUUAACCACUGUAUUCUUCUCGUACAUAUGUUAAUAAUAAUAGUUCUGACCCCACUGACUGUACUUGGACUGUAUUCUGGAGUAGAUGCCAAGGGAUCUACAAACACAGGAAAAGUGUAGUGAUGUUGAUAAGAUCGACCAAUUGGCCGAGUCGUCUCUCUGCCUGUUUUUAUCAAUAACAACUGUCAUAAUCUGCAUGUUAUUCAACAAUCUGUGUUGUGUUUGUGCACAGAGCAAGUAGCUCUGUGCACGUCUGUUUCCAUUUUGUACUUAAAUUAUUUUUCUUUUUGUUUUUGUAAGACACCAGUGUUUGGUCUUCGAGGAAGGGAAAUUGGUAAAUGUCAUGAUGUAUGUUAGAUACUUCACCAGCAAAGUGAGCGAUUGCUAUAUUUUUAACUGCUCAAUUUUAUAAAUAAAAAUGAAAAAGAAGUG